CUCAGUAUUUGAAGGCGACAUAUCUCUUUUUCAGUGACUCCGUGUGAGACCAGACGCAUCGAUCAAGUCUGUCUAUCUGCUGAGGCAUCAGCUUCAAUUGUCCUGUCUUUCAUACCCAAGCCCCCGGUAGCCUUCCAUCCCAGGUAUCCUCGGAUAUCUGCCCUCUCCUGUCGCUUCUCUGCACCUCCUCAUCCAUAGUCUGUCAUCAUGUCGUCUCACUCCGCCAUUUCAGGCCGUGGUCGAGCAAGAGGAGGCUGGGCUCCGCGCCGUGGACGUGGAGGACCAGCUCACCCCUUCAAGAAGCGCAACGAGGUGAAGCUUGAUCUCGACAGGCAUCCGCUUGGAGAGCUCCUGACUACCUUCAAGACUUCCGAUCUCGAAGCUGCCACUGGAGGUGUCAAAGGCGAUGCUACGAUUAAGGACUGCAAGAACGUCUCAUCAUACAAUUGGCUCGAUGCCAAAACUCCUACCAUCAUGGUUCCUGGGAAACCUCCUCUUUGGACACCUCUUACGCAACCACAACGUCUGAAGGAAGACAGCGGCCAAUACUUCCGCGACCCCAACGCAGCGAUGUUCCCCAGUUAUCCCACCGAGCCGGCCGUUCAAGCCCUCCUCAACACCACCCCUGAUUUUCCGACCGAAGACAUCGACAUAUUCGCAUGCGGCAGCACGAUGGGCAACCUCCUUCGCUUCGUCCGUUCCAUCGACAAGCCAUUCCGCUUCGGCGUCCAACUCAUCGGCAACACGGUGUUCUUCGUCCGCAAGGAAAACGACCCGAAGGAAAUCAUCGAAGGCAUCCAUGGCUACGGCCAUACAUUCCCAGAAGCGUAUACUACAUGGGAAAGCCAGGUCAAGGGUUCUGAGACGCACCAGCGUCUCGUCCAAUACGACUUCGGGGGCUUCAGAUGCCUACUUCGCUUCGAGUGCGAUGGGUACCUUCAGGGACCGGGGAGCCCUAGCACUUCUGAUUCUACGCCGGACAAGAGAUAUGACUUUGAGAGCCUGCUCAAGGCCUUCGGGGACAGUGCACUCAAACCGGCUGCGACAGACCCCAACGGAGAUCUGACUGUCCAAUCAGGCGGCUCCCCAGUUCCGCAGUCGGCCAUCUUCGACCUGAAGACACGCUCCAACCGCUACAAGAAAGACAUCGACAUGUCUGACAUCCAUCCACAGCUCUGGGUCAAACAGAUCCCCAACUUCAUCGUGGCGUACCACGACGGCGAAGGUCUGUUUCAAGACAUCCGCGUUCAAGACGUACGAAAGGAUAUUGAAGUUUGGGAGAAAGAUAACAAGCUUGCUAUACAGCACCUGGCCGUUCUUCUCCGCAAGAUCAUCGACAUUGCGAAAGAGGAUGCAACCGGGCUCCUGGAAGUUUAUUGCCCUUCGGUUGAUCGUCUUGAGAUCCGAAGGCAGUAUGGUGAAGGCUCGCAGGCCUUGCCACCGUCGCUGAGGGCAGUGUGGGCAGGGGUUAAUGACAACGAGGCGGAUGAUCUAUUCGAGAGUGAUCACGGAGAGGAGGAUUUUAAUUCGCGCAACGUGUACGAUUCUCUUUGGGAUGACAAGUCCGAAGAUGGCAGCCUGGAUUUCACAGCAUGCUCUGCUGAUUCCUGUGGUUAUUGCGGGAAGUGCUCGUACUAGCUUUGCCCAUGGCUGACAUUGCUAUUGUUAUUCUCAGGGCGAAUGGGCGACUGCGGAGAGGUAUUCAGAAAUGGAAAUUACGAAAUUGAUUGAGGUACGUAGGUAGAAGUCUUCGGACAUGUGUGCGAGUGAGGCAAGAUGCGGAACCAAUGUUGGACUCAGGUAAACAGGUCGACUUCCACUUGAGAAGAUCACGAAAGGAAGCCUUCAUGCAAGAGACCAGCGUGAUAGCAAACAUCCAUCAGAAUGAC